AUUAUUUAUAACGCCAAACGCUUUAAGGUCUCUUCACUCUGUCUGCAAACUGCCUGCUGCUUAGAGGCCACUCCAAUAUUUGAUCAAGAGUCUGGGCGGGCACCAAGCUUGGCAAAUUGCAACUUGCACACACAUGGUUUUUAGUACCCAGGAGGAUCACACAGUCAAACACUGAAGCUCUGGAAAAAGGAGUCUCUGGGUAUAGGUUAAACCAAAGUUUGCAGCACAAUGCACUGGGCUUCUGUUUUGAUCCUAGUUGGCUUCUGUGGAAUAUCCUUGAGCCAAUAUGAUGAUCAGUACGAGGACAUAUUCUGGUUACAGCAAUAUUUACGCAGCCAAUCUUCCUACAGCUAUUCACCAUAUUAUGAAGAUGAGAUUCCCCCAUAUUCUUCUUACUCUUCUGAGCCAGUUGGAUCCUAUGUCGGAGAGCCUGUCCCUGAACCACCUGUUUCUAGGGAGUGCCCCCAAGAAUGUGAAUGCCCCCCUCAUUUCUCUUCUGCCUUGUAUUGUGAUACUCGCAAUCUUAAGUAUCUUCCAUUUGUGCCUUCUCGAAUGAAAUAUGCCUACUUUCAGAAUAACCAAAUUGUGGCGAUCCAAGAGGGAGCUUUUGACAAUGCAACCAACCUCGAGUGGUUAGCACUGCAUGGCAAUCAAAUAACCAAUGAUAAAUUAGGCAAGAGGGUCUUUGCCAAGCUCAAGAAUUUAGAAAGGUUGUACCUUGACCAUAACAACCUGACUAAAAUGCCUCACCCCUUGCCACAAUCACUGAGAGAGAUUCACCUGGCUUAUAAUCAGAUCUCCAAGAUCCCAUCCAAUGCUCUUGAAGGCUUAGACAACCUUACUGCCUUGUAUCUCAGCCACAACCAUAUACAAGAAAUGGGAUCAAAUCUCAAGUGGUUAAACUCUCUGAUCCUUGCAGAUUUGAGCUACAACCAGCUCACAAAAGUCCCCGGUGGGCUUCCAAGCUCCUUAGAACAACUCUAUUUGGAGCACAAUCACAUAAAUGCAGUCCCUGAUGAUUACUUCAAGGUCUCCCCUAAAUUGCUGUACGUACGAAUGUCUCACAACAUCCUGACAAAUGAAGGCCUCUCCCCAAAUGCUUUCAACACAAGCAGCAUUCUGGAACUUGACCUCUCUUAUAACCAGCUUCAGAAGAUCCCACGAGUCAGUACAAGCCUUGAAAAUCUUUACCUUCAAGGGAACAAAAUAAAUGAAUUCACCAUCAAGAGUUUUUGCAGCUUUGUAGACAUCAUGAAUUUUUCCAAGCUACAAGUCUUGAGACUGGAUGGGAAUGAGAUCCGUCGCAAUCAUAUGCCCUCAGAUGCCCCACUAUGCCUGCGGUGGGCCAAUGUCAUAGACAUUUAACUACUACACUUGUUUCUUUCCUUAGACCACCUCCAUCAUAGGAACAGGGCCAAAUACUUCCUGCAAUCCUACGGCACAAUGAGGAUUCUUCCUCACUUUUUUUUUACUGCUUCAUUUGACUGAGCUUCUACAGUGGUAUAAUGUAGGGAGAAUUGGUAACCUGAACGCAGAGGUCUUGUUUAUAAUAGUCAAUUCAGUAACGACGCAAAGGCCAACCAAAUCUUUGCUUACCUCUUUCCCACUUUCUCUCUACCGCACUCUCAUUUUUUCAGCAAUCACUUACCCGGUUUUCAUGUCAUGCUGUUGGGUGGUGCUCAUUCUCUUUGAUGAGCAGUACAGAAGUAUUAUUCUUUACAAGUGUUUCGUGUGUGUAGCAUUAGAAAUUCAAUGCCAGCUAGGAUACCUUUGGGAUUUAGUUUUCCAUGUAGGGGGACUGCAAUGAAAAAGUACUGUAGCAUGUGUGUAGUGGCAGUGAAUGAGACUAAAUCCAAACAAAACUAAAACAGAUUAAAGAGUUGACCACCCAGCAAGGAACUAUUAGAAAGAUUAGUUCGGGAAACAGAAAAAAAGCAAAACCAAUGGAGAAAACAGUAACAAGUUAGUUGACAGUAUAACUCUCCAGGUAUUAGUUGCCAACUAAGUAGCAUCAUUUUGUUUAUUCUUCUUUCUUGUCCAUUAGUUUUAACAUACACAAUACAACAACACACAUUACCAGUGAGGAAUCAAAACUCCAACAAGCUUAGCAACACAUAAGAAUUGCAUAUUGAGCUAAUCAUGAUGCUGUACGUCAAAUGUCACCAUUAUAUUUCCAACCCCAAUAGAGGCUUGUUAUUUAUAAUAGUCAUAAUUUAGCCCCCAGAAAGACCAAAAUAUAGUUUUGCACUUAAAUAGUUUCAGCAAGACCCUUUGUCACCAUCUUUUUUUCAUUUUUACUUUGUUCUAAUGCUCCUAUUUAAUCUCUUAAUGUUCUGCAAUCAGUGCUGUGGUAGCAGAAGGAUUUUAAGUAAUAUUUCCGCCUCAGAUUUGGAGACCAUUGCACUUUGAGAGAUUAAAAGGAGUAACGGAGCCUUCAAACCUAACAUUUUCUCACAGUUUGAGGGCAGCCUUACAUCAAUAGAAAAGCUUCAUUCAUAUCACAUCCUGGAGGGGUGGGAAGAAAGAGUAUCUUUUUCAUUUUCAGGAAAAAAAGAACAUUUUACUAUGUAAACUUCUGAUGGCAUUGAGCCCCAUUUGUGGCUUCCUACACACUGCAUAUUAUUAACCUUUUCCAGCCAACAGGUUUUUUUUCCCCCUUUCUUCUGUUAUAGCGCAAUGCAAUUCAUUACUCAAUGCUUUCAUCAUGCAUAUUUCAUAUUCCUUUCCAUGUGCUGCUUGAGUGCAUAUAAACAAUGCUACUGUUUGAAGGCAUGUUUCUAGAUAAUAAUAAAAUGCAAUGAGAACCAUAAGCAUUAAAACGGUUGGUAAGAUUCAGUAUCAUUCAAGCAAGAUAUUUAGUCAGCAUAUAAUGAAGAACUGAGGAUUUUAGGCUUGUACUACUCUGUAUGUUCCCAUUUCAGCACAAUAAUCCAAUAAAAGGUGCAUCCUAAAUCCUUGUUAUAAUAGCAUUGCUUUCUUGGUUCCUGUAAGUCUAAUUACAUUUGCUAUAAUUCGCUUGCUUGACUAUAGAACUGCCUGUAUUAAAUUUCAUGCAUGCCAUAGUACCAGCUACUGCCAUAAGAAUCUAUGGUGCUUUUGUCUAUCAUCCACUUUCAUUUCCAUAAAAUUCAUGGAGGGAAAAACAAGAACAAGGGAAAAAUAGGUCUUGGGAGAUUCUGAGAUGCUCGAAACCUUUUUGUAUAUGUAAAAUGCAUGCUGAUAAUAUUUUUAAAAUGUAGAUGCAUGAACUGUAGAUACCAUUAUUGUUCAAUAAAAUCCUUUUUAUAAUUGCA